AAGCAGCCAAUCAUAGACGUUUGGGGGCGGGCUUGAGGAGCAUCCAGUCAGUCAGUCGGAUCCACCGGGUGAUGUUAGGGCCGCCGAGGAACAGGAGAAUCCGCUCUGGACAUCAUAGCUCCCGGGAUUACGCUGAAAGAGUUUGCUAUAAACGGCUUGACUUACAUAACAGCUAGUAAUUCAGCUAGUACACCCUCCGCUAGUAGAGCUGUAUCUGCCGAGCAGGAGACUCGCUUUGUCACAUUUUGUUUUAGAAUUGUAGAUAUUUUCCCUUAGAGGUGUUUAGUGCGGUCGUUGCGGAGAAUUAACUUGGGAGGUAAUUUAAGAGCGCUCAUCAUGUCAGUGGUAGGGAUUGAUGUGGGUUUCCAGAAUUGUUACAUCGCCGUGGCCAGGAGCGGUGGAAUUGAAACCGUUGCCAAUGAUUACAGUGACAGAUGCACACCGGCUUGUGUGUCUCUGGCCACCAAAAAUCGCAUGAUAGGCAAUGCAGCCAAGAGUCAGAUGGUAACAAAUUUCAAAAAUACAGUGCAUGGCUUCAAAAAGUUCCAUGGCAGAGCAUUUGAUGAUCCAUUUGUUCAAGGGGAAAAACCCAAACUGCCUUACAGCUUGCAUAAGUUGCCCAAUGGAAACGCUGGAAUUAAGGUGCGUUAUUUGGAGGAGGAUAAAGUUUUCACAGUUGAGCAGAUCACUGGGAUGCUGCUCACCAAACUGAAGGAGACGUCAGAAAGUGGUCUGAAGAAGCCGGUGGUGGACUGUGUCAUCUCUGUCCCGAGUUUUUUCACAGACGCAGAGAGACGUUCGGUGUUUGAUGCCACGCAGAUAGCCGGGCUGAACUGCUUACGGCUAAUAAACGACACGACUGCAGUUGCUUUGGCUUAUGGGAUCUACAAACAAGACCUGCCAAAUCCAGAGGAGAAGCCAAGAAACGUGGUGUUUGUGGACAUUGGGCAUUCAUCAUUCCAGGUCGCUGUCACUGCUUUCAACAAAGGCAAACUCAAGGUCCUCGCCACAGCAUUUGACCCAUACCUUGGAGGGCGUAAUUUUGACGAGGCACUGGUAGAUUACUUCUGUGAGGAGUUUAAGACCAAGUACAAGCUCAGUGUGAGAGACAAUCCGAGGGCUUUGCUGCGGCUGCACCAGGAGUGCGAAAAGCUGAAGAAGCUCAUGAGUGCCAACUCCUCCGACUUGCCUCUCAACAUAGAAUGCUUCAUGAAUGACAUUGAUGUUUCCAGCAGAAUGAACAGGACACACUUUGAAGAGAUGUGCGCCCAAUAUCUGAUGAGGGUGGAGAUGCCCCUGAAAGUAGCCCUUGAACAAUCAAAGUUGAGUCGGGAUGACAUCUAUGCAGUGGAGGUAGUCGGAGGAGCAACAAGAAUCCCGGCCAUUAAAGAGAGGAUCGGAAAGUUUUUCGGUAAAGACAUCAGCACCACACUCAACGCAGACGAAGCCGUAGCAAGAGGCUGUGCCCUACAGUGCGCCAUAUUGUCUCCAGCGUUUAAGGUUCGAGAGUUUUCCAUCACUGACGUGGUUCCGUUUCCCAUCACUCUCCGCUGGAAGUCACCCACCGAGGAUGGAGUGGGGGAGUGUGAGGUGUUCAGUAAGAAUCAUGCUGCUCCUUUUUCCAAAGUGAUCACCUUCCACAAGAAGGAACCCUUUGAUCUUGAAGCCUUUUACAGUAGCCCUCAGGAGCUCCCCUACCCCGACCAGAGGAUAGGCUGCUUUUCCGUGCAGAAUGUGGUUCCCCAGCCAGAUGGCGACAGUUCCAAAGUCAAAGUCAAAGUGCGUGUCAACGUUCACGGCAUCUUCAGCGUCUCCAGCGCCUCGUUGAUAGAGAAGCAGAAGGGAGAAGGAGAGGACAUGCAAAUCGAGCCAGAACCGAUGGUGCAAAAUGAAGGCAGAGCAGAGGAGCAGACCAAAAUGCAGGUGGAUCAGGAAGGGCAAAGCCAGGGGGAGCAACAGAACGAGGACAACAGUUCCAGCAGUAAGGAGGGGGCAGCCGGGGAAAAGCAAGACCCAACAGCUGGAGGAAGCAAGCCCAAAGUCAAAGUUAAGAGUACUGAUCUUCCCAUCUUGGCCAACAACAUCCGACAGCUCGACAGUGACGUUCUUACUAAUUUUGUGGAGUAUGAGCGUCAGAUGAUUAGCCAGGACAAACUUGUGAAAGAGCUGAAUGAUGCUAAAAAUGCUGUGGAGGAGUAUGUUUAUGAAUUGCGGGAAAAACUCUGCGGGAUUUAUCAAAAAUACAUCUCAGAGGAGGACAGUAACCGGCUGACACUGAUGCUGGAGGACACAGAAAACUGGCUGUAUGAGGAAGGAGAGGACCAACCAAAGCCAGUCUAUGAGGAGAAGCUCGAUGCACUCAAGAGGUUGGGUCAGCCCAUUCAGGAGCGGCACAGGGAAAAUGAGGACAGGCCGAGAGCUUUUGAAGAGCUGGGAAAGAAACUGCAGCUCUACAUGAAGUUUGUAGACGCCUACAGACAGAAGGAUGAGCGUUUCAUUCAUUUAAAUACAGAGGAAAUGAGCUCAGUGGAGAAGUGUCUCAACGACAGUAUGAGCUGGAUGAACAAUAAGAUGAAUGCACAGAGCAAACUUGCAAUAACUCAAGAUCCCAUUGUUAAAGUAGCAGACAUCAUUGCCAAAAUACAGGAGCUGGAGGACAUUUGUAAUCCAGUGGUCAACAGGCCGAAGCCCACCGUAGAGGAGGCCCCUGAGGCGAAUGAUCAAAACAGUGGAGCUCAUAAUGGCCCGACAGCUAAGCAGGGAGCAGAAGGAAGGGCAGAUGCAAAAGGGAGCCAGCAAACAAAGCCUGGCACGAAAGAGAUGGAGGUGGACUGAGGCAGGCGCCCGACAAACAACUCUAUCAUCACUGCGUUUGCUCUCACGCACCAUUUAGACCGUAGAAACAUGAAUUCCUGGGACUGCCUCUCAAUCCUCACCAGCCACUUUAGUGAAUUAGUUUUGUGUCCUUUCCCAGUGGACUUAACAUCAGAGGUUUUUGUUUUCAGCCUUUCAUCCUCAUGUGUGACAGUGCUGUGUGUUACUCUCUCAGAGCUUUGACAUACAUGAAAAAUAAAAGAAUGCUGCAACUGAUUAAAUUCUGAUUCUGACUUUAAGCUGUUAACUUCGUACCAUAAGCUUUGUGCUCUCUUUCCAUUCUCUUAAGUGUUCAGAAUCAUUAGUAAUUGCUAUGGCCCAUAAGAUAAAUUGCUCAAACAAUUGCUAUUGCAGAACUAUUGUUAGUUUGCAAUAAUCUAAAUUAUAUAUAUAUAUAUAUAUAUUUUGUAUUUAACCUCUUUUGAAAGAUAUCUAUGUUUAGAAACUGUAAAUAUUAUUUUAGCAAAUCUAAGCAGCCAGCGUAGAAAUGUACAUGUACAAUGUUAUUAGUUUGAUUUUGGCAAUGCUAGACACUUCAAAUCUCUUUAGUAAGUGAUGGGCUGGCUGUUUGCUUUUUCGUUUUCUAGCAUUUUUUCCAUGUUUAAAUUAUGGGAUGUUAAGAUGGAAAAAAAUAAAUACAUGUCUCUGUAAGACAAAAAAAAAAUCAAGUCUGAAAUUAGUUGAUUUGUAGAGGCUAACCUGAAUUAAAUUUACCACAUCAAUCUUAUGAUUUUGUCCCAGUGAAUAUUUGAGACGUGAGCAACACAGUUGGCACAAGAUGCUUCUGUGAUUAAACAUGUAUGAAUUGAUCUCAAAUGAGUGCGAAUUUGGUUUUUAAAAUGGUAAAUGUUAAAAAGGUAAAUGUUUAAAAGAGCAGAAAGUUUGA